CAUUUUUGUCACUCAUUCUUUUCUCCGUCUUUCUUUGCAUGCUAUCGAUAUUUUUCGGUGUCAGUCGGCAUUCACUUCCAGUUAGAAAGGUUGCGUUCUGUGCAAUCAACACCAGAUAAUAGUUCAACAUGUUCGCAUUGACACGUACUGCUUCAAACGCCGCAAAAGCGGCCGUGCGUUGUAAGCAUGAUUUGCCGAAGCUGCCAUACGAUUAUGCCGCUUUGGAACCAAUCAUCUGCCGUGAAAUCAUGGAGUUGCACCAUCAGAAGCAUCACCAAACAUAUGUGAAUAAUUUGAAUGCUGCUGAAGAGCAGUUAGCUGAAGCACAGAAAAACUGUGAUGUGACUAAGAUCAUUUCGCUCGCACCUGCGCUGCGUUUUAAUGGUGGCGGCCAUAUUAACCACUCGAUUUUCUGGCAUAAUUUGUCACCGGAGAAAUCAAGUCCUUCGAAUGAGCUUAAAUGUGCUAUUGAAGCACAAUUCGGCAGCGUAGAUGCGAUGAAGAAAGAGUUAACUGCAAUUACUGUAGCAGUUCAAGGCUCUGGCUGGGGAUGGUUGGGUUACAAUAAGAAAACCAACAAGUUGCAGUUGGCUGCUUUACCCAAUCAAGAUCCAUUGGAGGGCAGUACUGGUCUCGUGCCACUAUUUGGCAUUGACGUUUGGGAACAUGCCUACUACUUGCAAUACAAAAAUGUGCGCCCAUCCUAUGUUGAAGCCAUCUGGGAUAUUGCCAACUGGAAGGAUAUCUCCAAUCGUUUCGCUGCUGCUGCUAAGAAGUAAAUAUGUUAAUGUGUUGAAGCGAAAAAAUGUGCUUUUUCGAUGUCUGUUUCAUCUAAGCUUUAAGUGAUUUAGAGAAGCCUACUAUAAAAUAUGUGAAGACAACUGGCGCGAAGAUUAGACUAUCAUAACGUAUACACUGUCAAGUGCUUUUAUUUCAGUUAUAUUUCCUUGUACAUUAGUCGCGCCGUAAAAUGGCAUAGCCAUUUAAGCAAGGAUGUAUAAAUAAUAAAUAUGAGCAUCUAUAUACUCACGUAGUGAAUUGAAA